GGGGCUGGUAGAUGGGGGGGUGAUAUUGUGGGUAGAGGCAAAGAAUCAUAAAUGAUGAAGUCAGAAGUUAAAAGGAUUGGGAACUGGUGAGUUGUGGCAUGUGAAAUGGGUCAGGGCAACAGUUCUUGUCUCAGGUUUUAAAUGACAGAGGGACUUGAAACCUGAAUAUGUUUAUAUAUAAUUUACUAAGUUCUUACCAUGAGCCAGGCACUGUUAUUAACAUUUUUAAUGGUAAGCUGGUUUAAUUUUUUAUUAUUUAAUUCUUAUUUUUAGAGUAUUUAAUCUUUAUACCAAUCCUAAGAGGGUAGGUAUACUAUUACUUUCUUAUUUUACAGGUGAGAAAACAGAGGCCCAGAGAACUUAAAUAACUUGUUCAAACUCACAUGGUUAAUGAGUGGUGGAAUUGGGAUUCAGGCCUGGAUGAUAUAUUUUAGGGUCCUUCUUCUUAAUCACCAUGCUGUGCAGUUUUAGGCAGUGAGAAGCCAUCACAGAUUUCUGGCUAGUGAACAACUUGUUACCAGCAUGUGGUGCAGGGCUUUGUCCCAAGGAGAGGUGGAAUUAAAAGCAGGAAGACUAGCCACAGGCUGUUGUAGUACUCACCUCACUUACUUUUGACGGUAUGUAAAAGUCUUGACAUGACUUCCUGAAAUGGAUCUGGCAGUGGCCAGCCCUACUUGUAAUUAGCCCAUUUUAGAAAUCAUUUUCCAAAGAAUUUUAAUCUACAGGAAGCUCUCCUAUCCCUAUCAAACAGGCUGUUCUAGGCAGAAGGGCCCCAGGAAUCAGGUCAGGAUGCCUCCUCUGGAGUCAGAGUCCAAGCAGCAUUUGCAAGAGGGAAAGUAUUAAGACUUCCUGCUGCCAUUAGAGUUCGCUCUCCUGAUAUGGGGGGAAUAUCUCCAUCAUGGCUGAUAGUCUGGCUGCUCAUCUUGAGAGACUGGGCAAGUGGGCUGCCUUACGGAGAUGUGACAGACAUAGUCCUUGUCCUUGAGCAAUCCACAGAUUACUGAGAAGAUAAGCACAUAGGCAAGUACACUCAAUAUUGUGUCACAAGUGCUACAGUAGAGGAACAUAGAAGAUGUAUUGGGAGAAAGGAAGGAGGGUCUAAAUGCUUAGCUAGAGGGUGUCAGGGAAGGCUUCAGAGAUGUUUAAGGUGGAUCUUUAAGGAUGACCAGAAGAGUGUCUCUCGGGUCCUCACUUCCAAGAUGACCAAGGAAAGAAGGAAUAAUGGUCAUGCCAAAAAGAGCCGUGGUCUCAUGCAGCCUCUUUGCUGCACCAGCUGGGUCUGUUGUGUGCCCAAGGACAAGGCCAUUGAGAAGUUUGUUAUUCGGAACGUAGAGGCUGCCGCCGUCAGGGACAUGUCUGAAGCAAGUGUGUUCAAGGUCGAUGUGCUUCCCAAGCUCUAUGUGAGACUACAUUACUAUGUGCGCUGUGCCAUCCAUAGUAAGGUAGUCAGGAAUUGCUCUCGUGAAGCACAGAAGGACCCAACACCCCCACCCCAAUUUAGACCUACAGGUACUGCCCCACUACCUCUACCAAAACCCAUGUAAGGAGCUAAGUCCUUUGGGGGGAAAAAAUGGAGAUUAUACUUAAAAAAACAAACAAACAAAAAAAGGAUGACCAGAAGAGUACUAGGUAAUGUGAGUGAAGAAAUACAUGGCAUGUUCAAGGAAUGGUGACUUGUUCCUGGUGCUGGACCGACUGUUGGGCUGCUCAGAAGGGAUUCUGAAUGGCAAAGAGCUUACAUCCUGUUGGAGUUGAGCUUUACUCUAGAUAUUUAAGGCGGAGAGUCACUUGGUCAGAGUGGUGUUUUAGAAAGAUCUCUUUGAUGCCUGUGCUCGGGAGGCCGAGAAUGGAUAAGCUAGAGGCAGGAGAGCAUUUGCAAAUGCUGGAGGCUGGGACUAGGGUAGUGGUCAUGAGGAUUGACUGAAAUGUGUGAGUGAAGGGCGGAGGAGGAAGUGUUAGGUGACUGGAUGUUAGUGUGAGGCCAUUAACACAUGGAAAUACAGCCUAGAGAGCUGCUGUGGGGAGUUUAUGUUGGUUUUGAGAUGCUCGUGGAUGACAUCUGCUACUUAGGGGAGAAGAUAGGAGCUUUGGAGUUCCUCGGAGAGGUAGGAGCAUAGCUAUGGGAAUGAUUUCCAAGUGAGAGUAGAGAUCAUUAGCAAUAGGUGAGGGGCGCCUGGGUGGCUCAGUGGGUUAAGUGUCUGCCUUUGGCUCAGGUCAUGAUCCCAAAGUCCCAUUGGGCUCCCUGCUCAGUGGGGCAUUUUCUUCUCCCUCUGCCCUUCUCCCUGCUCGAGCUCUCUCUCUUGCUCUCUCUCAAAUAAAUAAAUAACUAAAAUCUUAAAAAAAGAGUAAUAGGUGAAGUCACCUGAGUAAAAUCCAUAAAGUGCGGAAAGGAAGGAGGUUGAGGAUAGGGCCUAGGGGAACUCUGAUAUAUGUAGACAGAAAAGCUAGGGAAGGAGUCUUGAGGAGGAGCAAUCAGAGAGGUAGGAGAAAGUACUGUCUGGGAAGCCAGGAAUGGGAAGAGUUUCUAAAAUAAAGUGUCUUAAGUUUCUAUUGAAGCAGAGAACAAGUAGGGUGAGCCCUGAACUGAGCUGUUGAGUCAUUGGUGACCUGGUGACGGCAGUUUCAGUAGAGGGGUGGGGAUGGUAGCUAGACUGCUGUGGCUUAGGGAGGGAGUAGGAGGUGAGGACACAGAGGCACCAAGUGUAGACUUCUCUUUUGAGAAAGAUAGUGGUAAGGGAAGGAAGGAAAGAAGAUGAUAUUUUGAAGAGGGACCAGAGAAGGCAGGUUCAAAGAUUUUGUUUUUUCAAAGUUGGCGGAGUGGAGUGGGGAGCUGAGCUGGUCUAGGUUGAGGGAGGAGAGAGAGAGGAAUGUAGCCAAUGGAGGUGCCAUGUCUGUCUCAGAGCUUCCUGUUCCUGUCGGAGCCCUACACUGUGGUGCUCUGUUGAAGCCUGCAGUCACAAGGAGUGUGGAGUAGGUAGGGGAGACCUGGACAUUAAUAAUAAUUAACGAUAGUACUAUAUAUUGAGUAACCUCUGCAUGCUAGGCAUUUUUCUAGAUACAUCGAACACAAUUCUAAUGCUCACCACAGAAGUAAGUACAGUAUAGUCACCAUUUUCUAUGCGGAAAUAGAUGAGGUAAGAAACAUUCAGCCAGUGAGAGGUGGAGCCAGCAUUUCAGCUGAGGUCUGUGAGUCCUCAAGGUGUGCUCUUUCCACACCACUGUUGUUUUUCCCAUUAGAAACUCAAUCCUUGAAAGGGGGUGAGGAUGGGUGGAUGGCCCAGAGAGAGUAAAGGUGGAGUUCUGUGAUCGGCCCUACCCUGGAGGGACUGUGACUUAAUCUCUGGAGCGAAGGAGAAAGGCCUUGCUCUGUUUUCUCUCUGCUUAGCCAGUGGCUUUCACUUUAUUUUUCUCCAUCUUUCUGUAAUUUGCCAGCAACGCCAAUAGGCCCUGGCUGCUGCAUAUUGUUGAUGACUCACAGAGCAAAAAAGGAUCAAUUUCUUUCUUUUUAAAAAAUAUUUUAUUUAUUUAUUAUUUGAGAGAGAGAUUGAGAGAAUGAGUGGGAGGAGGGGCAGAGGGCGAAGCAGACCCCCCAUGGAGCAGGGAGCCUGAUGCAGGACUCGAUCCUAGGACCCUGGGAUCGUGACCUGAGCCGAAGACGCUUAACCGACUGCGCUUACCCAGGUGCCCAAAAAGGAUCAAUUUCUAAGCCCAAGCUAUUCUUUUUGACAACUUAACUGUGAGGACUUGCUGAGUUGUACAAUGCCACUCUCUUUGGCACCGGGCACAUGCUCCUCAUCCUUCAGAACCCAGCUCCAGGGUCACCACUUUUCUGGAAGCCUUCUCCGAUUUCCCUGCCCACAGGUAGGCAGCCCAUUCGCGUUAUUCUUUCAUUAUACUUGGUAUGACUCUCUGUUAGGUAUCUCACUGUAUUGCGAUUGCUUUGUGUGUGAUCGUCACACAGCUUGGGAGGUUUUUUAAAGACAGGGGCCCCACUUUCUUUUUUUUCCUGUACCCCUCACCCAGUAUUGCACAGAGAUGGCUCUCACUGAUUAUUUUAGAGAAAUUCUUAUUUCUACACCAUACAUACCCAGUCACAAAGCGCAAAUAAUAGGCUAUGUUGGUAUUGGUCCGUAUAGUGAGGUUAACAGGAGGCAUCAACCCAUAACUGCCUUGCAUUUCUUUUCUUUCCACCCUAGCCCACAGAUUCCAUGGAACAGCAACUGCAAACCUCAGGGCUUAGAAAUUAGUUCUUUCAUCAGAAAAAUAGUAAAAAAAAUAAAAAAUAUCUGAAGUGAGUAUAAAUGGCAGAGUGUUAGUUGUCUUUGCCAAUAUUGACUCUCUCAUUCUUUUUUUAAUGAUAGAGCACUUGAGUUUUAGCCGGGCAUAUAUCAACUUUUUGUAACUCUUUGCAACUAAGUGUGGCCAGAUGCCCAAGUUCGAACUAGUGGAGUCUAAGUGGAAAUGGCGUAUCUGCCACUUUUGGGGUCACGUGCUUGAAAAGAGUGGCUGAGUGUCUCUCUUGUCCUUUUUCCUUCCUGCCAGCUGGGGGAUGAUGAGAGCUACAGCACUUUUUGGUUCCGGAGAUGGAAGUGUCACGUUGAGUGAGGAUGGCAAAGUUCCACUCUCUGCCUCAGACUGCUCCCUGCUAAACUAUUAUAUGAGAGAGAAAUAAACUUCUCUUUGAGUUAAUCUACUGUGAAUGGGGGUCUCUUAGUUACUGCCGCGUUAGCUGCCCCCUCCCUGAUGCAGGGAGGCGUUGGGUUACCGCAGUCUCAAGUUGCUUCUUCCUGCUGCUCCUGGGUGUCUCAGCCUAGUUACUGUGCUCCUCACGGUUCUUGCCUUGCCUUGUCUCUUAGCCCUAAUUCCUGUUGCUCCGACGAGUCCCUAAAUUCUUUUUU